AUGAUAAGGUCAUCACCCUCUGUUACGGCAAGCGGUUCGCAAUUUUCACGUUUAUUGGCUUCUUCUCGAUUAGCAAGUCAUUCGCCCGUUAUACCUCAAUCGUAUACAGCUCCUGCAGCACAUCUAUCUAGAGGUGAUUUCGGACUAAAGAGAAGUUUACCAUCGCGAAAUAAACCAAUCGGAUCUUUGCGUUAUGUUGAUAUCGAAGCUUUGGAUACACGAGAAGGUCAAACGAUUUGGACCGAAUGUGAACAUCAAGUUUUACUCAAAAAGCGUUUUGCUGAAUUGAAUGCACGUAUUACAUCUGCGGAAUCUAGACCAGGCUUUCUUGGUCCAAGAAUAAGUACAACGUUUGACCCUAGCACACGUAGAAGUGUUCCAAGUGCAUAUGAUCCAGUGUCUGAUCCAAAUAUGCGAACUCAUUUGCAAUCAGAAGCACUUCAAGGAAGAGGUCCCGUUUACCCUAAAAACAUUCACGCUGGAAACUCAGUGUCGGCUGGAUUGGACUUAGACGGUCCUUUCGGCAAUCGAGCAGGUCAUUAUUCCGUCAAAGUUCCUGUCCCCAUCGCUUUCCGUGCCAUGGACGAAAAGCGAUUUGACAAGUACCUUGAUUAUAUUAGAACUCAAAGGCCUGUUUAUCGCAAGCACUCAUCUCUAAGAGCAGCAGAAAAGGAAAGACAAGAUCUUCUUGCACGUUAUGAGAACGAACGACGAAAGAUACAAAAUUCAAAUACAGUAAUGGCAGAAUCCAAUUCUAGCACAGCAACUAUUACCGAGCCCGAACCUCUCACAAGAGCAAAGAUUCCCUUGCCUGAAAUAACGGGCGAGUAUACUUCUAAAGAUGACGAUGCAAAUGUAGGGAUUGAUCUUUGGAACGAAUCGCGCUUUGCGAAUUUAGGUUUGGCCUCUCUUUGGCAAUCUUGGCUCCGAGAUAGGGACGGUCUUCGUGCAUCGCAAGCAGUGGACACCACUUUGCCAAGCAAUCCUGCACCAAUAUCGUCCAAGGCUCGCAAUAAGCCCAUGCAUCCAUCAGCGGGACUGCAAUACGGGCUUCCAGAUCUGAUUCAAACAAAACUCUUGGCUGAUGGAGUUCCAGGAAGGGUCUUGAGCAGAGAGGAUGCUGGAAAGAGGACUGGAGUAGAUAGAAAUAGAAAUAAGGAUCAUGGUUCAUACAGCGUUGCUGUUGGUGGACAAGUUGCAAAGAUGUCCAAGCCGCCGCACAAUUCGGAUGUUCCUACACCUAGAGUUCUUGAUUUUUCACAAAAGGACACUCAACAAGGCGUAAUCAUGGUCAAACCACACGGUACAACUGAACUAACGUUUGGUCAACCAAUCAGUUAUGCACCGGAUUCGUUACCGAUUUGGUCAGCAAAAGGUGCAAGAACGAAUCGCAGUGCAAGUGCAGCAUCAAUGGUUGCACAAAAAGCAGUUGAAGCGGUAGAAUCGGAAAGUUAUCAAGACGCUUUACGUCAAUCCACCUUACCCAAACAGUUUGGACAAUUUACCAUGAGAGUACAACGUUUAAAAGAAAGAACUGUGUCAAGAGGACAGCCAGGAUCACCACAGUGGAUUGGAGAAAUAAACGGAACGCUUAAUUAUCGAGCGGGUGAAUCAGAAAAAGAUGUUUUCUUUAUGGCAGAUCUUACUCAAACAGAUCAAUACGCUGCAUACUCGAGAGACUCUGCCAAAAUCGGACACAGAGGUCGUUCACUGUCAUCUUAUAAUACGUCAAAGGGCCUCUCGAAAAAGGCGUUUUCGAGAAGAGAGACUAAAAAUUCAUAUAAUCAACGCAGAGAGGCUCAAAAGUCAAAUAACACUGCAGCAAGUCCAGAAGGGCAGGAUGCGUUACGUGCGAUGUUACAACAUGGGAUUAAAUCCCACCUUAAAUCGAAAUCGUCUGCAGAAUAA